AUGCCACAGAGUGAAACUCCUAAUACCCUGCGACAUUCCAUAAAAGUGGUCCUUCUUGGUGAUCUGGGUGUUGGAAAGACUUGCCUACGAUCACAGUACAUCCACCACGUAUUUUCUAGUGCCUAUAAGACAACUAUAGGGGGAGACUUCCUAACGACUACUACUGAGGUGAACAACAGCGAUGAUAAGCCAAUCACGGUGAAUUUGCAAAUCUGGGACACUGCAGGACAGGAAAGAUUCAAUCUGAUCUCGCAAGCGUUUUACAGAGGUGCUGAUGUGGCGGUUUUGGUGUACGAUGUCACCAAUUAUGAAUCGCUAAUCAGUCUUCAGGGCUGGUGGGCACAGUUUUCCGAGCACUGCCAUGUAGAUGCACCUGGCUUGGUCAUCGUAGGAAAUAAAAUUGACCGAACGGCUGAACAAUGCAUUGACCUAGAGGAAGUACGGCCUAUUCUAUGCCGUAAUGAUCCUGAACAGUUCGAGAACUACAUAACCGAUUGGAAAUCGGAUGUUUUGGAGGUUUCCUGUAAGCAGCCUCUGUCUGUUGACGCUGUGUUUCAGCGGGUUGCAUUGCUUGGUCUAAGCAAAAGCUCUAGAAAUGAUGCAAGUCGGUUGCAAAUAAAUCAGAUAGAUAUCUCACCGAAGGACAGAGCACAUGCCGCAUCAUGCGCAUGUUGA